AUGAUAGGAGUACCAUGGACAGAAGAAGAGCACCGAACGUUCCCUGUUGGAUUUGAGAAGCUAGGAAAAGGUGAUUGGAGGGGUAUCUCUAGAAACUAUGUGACUUCAAGAACCCCAACCCAAGUCGCUAGCCAUGCUCAUAAGUACUUUAUUCGGCUUGCAACCAUGAAUAAGAAAAAGAGACGUUCAAGUCUUUUUGAUAUGGUUGGUAACGACAUCACAAAUCCAAUUAGCAGCUCUAACUGCAAGUCUUCCAAAUGUGAAAUUGAGGAUGAUGUGACCUUGUCACUUGUUCAAUUACAAGAUACUAAAUUAGAUGAACAUAAAGAUAGUGAUAAAUAUUGUGAAGCUGGACCAGCUGGUGCUGAACAUGAAGUUGUGCCUUUGUGGCUUCAUCCUCAGAUGAAAUCUUCAAAUAAUAAUGUUGCAGCAGUAGUUCCUGAUCUGGAGCUCACUCUUGCAGUCUCCAAGGGCAAGGCUAAAACCCUUCUAGGCCUGGAACAAACACAAACAAAAUCAUCCCCAGAUUCCUUCCUUCUUGGACCAAUUAGCGUGACUUGA